AUGCAAACGGACGAGUCUGAGUCUCCAACUAUGGUCGCUGGUGGUGGUGCUUCCGCCGUCUACUCCAGCGCGACUCCCUACCAGCUCGAGUCUUGGUCGGCCACCAGCUCGGCAACGCUCAAGCUUAUGUCCGCCUGCCGGCCGAAGCCGCCCCUCAACUCGCUCCUCCGUCAACGGCAGCAGCUGCUCAUCCAGGGACGACCCGGUGUUCUCGGCGGCACUUACCGUCUGCGCGAAGACAGCCGUUCGUCCACCCUCUCCAGUUCGACGACUGUUGGCGGGCUCUCGCCCUCGGACCGGACGACGACUUCGAAGUCGGAGCAGUCGUCCUCAAACCGGACCCUCCAUCGAACGAGUCGACGUCAGGAGGCGCUGCGUUGCCUAGGGAUCCCGUCCUCGACGGACAGCUGUUCGUACACGAAUGAGUACGACUCGGAGCGGGGAGAUGAGCAGGGUGAGGGCUCGUUGGGCUCAGAGGGAGAAGAAGAAGAAGAAGACCGGCCGGGUCAGGAGGCCGAAUGGGAUUACAUCGAUGCGACGGACCACGGCCAUCGGGCGCAAGGGUGGACAUGUAUCUAG